AUGUCUGAGCAGAACGGAAGUUUGCAGCCGGCAGAGGCAGGUCCCUCCUCCGUAGCCUCUGCCAAGGCCGCUUCCACCCCUGGCACCAGGUCAGCGUCACCCGGCCCGGCACAGGCCUCCUCAACACCCUCGUCCGAACCUCAAAACAAGCAACAACUCCGACGACCUGCUUCUCAUGGCCGACUGUCCAAACUCAUGCUUCCAGGCCUAUCACGAGCAGCUUCUCUCGCUCACGACGCUUCGCCCGUCACCGCCUACGCGGGAGACACCGCACUGGCCAGCGGGCGCACGACUCCGGAACAGCGUCGGCGCUCAGCCAGAGUGUCUCAACCCAGCAUUGCCUUCUGGAGUACACACCCGAGCCCUCGACGUCUACGGACAUGUCUUCAGCAUCAUCGGGUCUGGUCAUCCGGCUUGUUCCCGUUCUUCCAGUACGCCGCUACAUCGGUCCGACCAGCGCUCUUGAAUCUCUACGAGACCUAUUACCUUCCUCUCGGAGAGGACUUGCGACCAGCCACGAAAGCUAUGAUUCUCGCGCUGCUUCCGGGGCUUGAAGAAGAGACGGGAGACUUCUUCGACCAGGUUCUCGCCCUGUUGAACACGCUGUCGCAGGCAGUGUCGCAACAAUUUUUCCUGCAGAACAUCUUCCUCGUGCUCAUCUCAAGCCCGGCAUCUCGACUAGCAGCUCUCAACUACCUGGCACGGCAAUUGGUUGAGGUACCGGAAGAGCUGGUUACCUCGUCCGACGUUGGUCUUCUGAUUCGAGGUGUGGCGGCGGUGCUGGGAGAUCAGAACAUGCUUGUUCGUCGCGGCGGGUUGGAUCUGCUCCUGCGAAUACUGCCUCUCGAUGGAGCGAUAUUCCGACGUGUGUACACCUGGUUCCUCAGCGCGGAUGAGUCGACUCAAAACCAGGGAGAGUACUUCAAGCAGCAUGGACUUGAACCUCUCGCCACAACUCUUCAGGCGCAUGAUGUUGCCGAGGCACAGCAGCCGUUCAAAACUUUCUUGUCUCUCCUCGAUAAGUGGGAGAUCGGGCAGGCUCUGUCGACAAAGUUGGCCAUUCCUGUCUUGCAGAUCAUCUAUCAGGCAGCUACUGGACCUGAAGGGAAGGAUGUUCGCAGUACAGUCACGGCGGUGUACGAUGACAUCGAGCCAUCAGUCCUUUGGAAACAGCUUCACGACGCUGUCAACCGAGACCUCGAGAACGACAGCACGGAACACCUAGUCCUCAUCGAUUGGCUUCUGAACGCUGUCACCAAGAGCGACCAUGAAGUCUUGACUAUCCACGCACCACUGCUGCUGUUUACAAUCCUGCAACGUCUCCCGGCGCUCACGAAGCCUGACACGCGCACUGCUGCCCUUCGCUUGGCGAACACCCUUAUAUCGAUGGUUCCUAGCAGUGUCUUCGCCAAUGCGAGGGCCGAGGAUGGUGACGACUCAAUUAUCGAAACCGUUUACGAGAACGAUACAGCGGAGGACGUUUUGGAGCAGCGGGUCAAAGCAGAGGUUGCGCCCCGCAUUGUGACGACCAUUUUCAAGUCGUCGGAGCAGUCAUUGAAGGAGGGAUGGAGCCCAGAGGCAUUAGUUCUGGGCAACUCGUUGACACAGUAUGCGGUGGACAAGGAGCUUGCCCCUCUGAGCACUGUUGACACAACCGCCUGGAUGGCUGCCGUGCUGCGACGAUUGAAGCAGGUCCGAUCGUUCGCAGUAGUCGAAGGGCUCGUGGAUCUGGUUCUGAAGGCCAACCGUUCGAAAGUCUUUGAUCCCCCGGUCGAUGUCACUGCGGACACUGUGAUGUCGGUGGUGUUGGACUCGCUGUUCCGGUAUCUUCGCGCUGAUGCAGCGCUAUACCACACCCGGGCCGUGGAGCUCAUCUGGGACCUCAACUUACUGGCCGAGGUCCAUACCCUGGAAAACGUCAUCGCCCGCAGAAUGAACUCGCCCACGCAUCGACAGGAAGCUUUCGAAGCCUUCGGCGUUUUGUGGCGCCACUCAGGAGAGAUCUUCCAUGUGCCAAUGUUUAUGGUACUGGAGGGACUGAAGAGCGACGAUCCGCAAAAGCUCCGCACUUCCGAAACGUGGAUGCGCUGCAACGUCAAGUCUUACUUCCGAAUGCUCGACCCGCUGAUCAGACGCAUUCUGAACGCUUCACAACCUAUUAAGGGCAAGUUCGAUUCGUCGCAAGUGCAGUACUACGUCACGAGUCUCACGAGUCUGUUUCGCUUUGGCGGCCAAGGACUGAGCAAGGCGUGCAAAACGGCGGAGGUCUCCAAGUCGGUCAACGUUCAGCUCGUCACGACGGCAGAAGCCCGGUAUCCCAACAGCAACAACUACCUGGAGCUGAUGGUGGAGAUGAUGACUGGACUGCUGAAAGAGGACAGCCGGGAUCCAUCUCGCCAGAGAAUGCAAUCGGCGGCAUUGGAGUUGCUCAUGUUCCUCGUCUCUCGCGGCGACCUAACAAGUGUAUCACUUGACCUCAUCAAGACCACUUUGGUGUCGCAACUUCUCCUCGCGACUCAGCACCGUCGCCUCACAUUGCAAAACAGCAUGCUGCACCUUCUUCAUUCGGCCAUCACUACAGGAAACGAGAAGCGGCGUGGACACCGAGUGACCUCGUCGACGUUCUCUCUCCCGGAGAAGGGCGGGGCCGCAGUCCCAGUGGAAGACCCCCAGGCAGAGUUCGAUCGAUCGCUGGUUGGAAUGAUCGAAACCGGUGUAGCAGCACCAGGAAAUCGGCCGAUUCUCCAGCAUUGGAUCGAUUUCGUGCUCAUGGUCAUCUCAUACUUCGACUACAAGCCUCUCCACUUGCGUACCUUGAGCGACGCCUUCUGCGAGCAGCUGCGAGACACCAUGCUCAAUCUGCACGCAACGUUCACUUCAUCUUCGAUUGAUGAUCAAGCUGCGACCGUGACUGAGGCUGAACCCAUCAUGCUUAUCGGUGUGGUGGAGCGACUGGCCAUGGUCCUCGGUGCUAAAGCCGGCUCGCGUAAGAGCGAUGAUCGUGAAAAGCACGAUCGGGAGGGAGGGCUUCUCGGAUACCUGCCCACGGUGUUCUCCGUAGAGGCCCCGCCAGACUUGCCGUUGGAAGCGGCUCGCUACCUCGACAACGUGAUGGACGCACUCUUGGUCCUCUGGACUGUGACGCAAGAGGAUCUUGAGCCUGAUCACCUGCAAAAGCCCUACUCCACGGCUUCGCAGACUCAGAUCAUGUCCCGCACACGAGACAGGGCUCAGAAGGCGUUGGAGAAGCUCUUCAAGGGACAUGCUUCCGAAGUUGUGGGCAGCUCCAUCGUCACCUGGGCUAAGAACUCCGACGACAUCGCGGACGCGGCGAUCUUCGACUGCCUAGACAACCUGGCGCCCAGUAAGUCAGCGCUCCGUUCACCGGCUAACCUCAGUUCUAAUCCCGUCCUCCCUGCCUUCUUGGAGGCGUAUGUCAGUCAACUCGAGGGGCCGAUCGCCGUUCAGGUCUGGAACCCUCUGUACGCUUACGCUCGCGAAGUUCUCAGCCAGUCUGGCAGUGGCGCGUCCAGGGCGCAAUUGUUCCCCGUCCUGCGUAUCCUUACUGUACUCGGUCAGAUUGUCUCCACGACUAGUGCUCUUGAAGACCGGCGAUUACGACGCGACCUCCAGGAUACGUACGUCAAGAUCCUCGAUGCUGUUCUUUCUGGAGUAGCCAAGGGCGGCGAGGCCACGACAUGGGAGCGCGACGGGCAGCUGUCGGCGGACUCAUCCUCUAUUCAGGAAAAGCAAGGGUCCGGGACCGGUCCUCCAGUGUACUCCUUCGUAGGAGGAAAUGUCGUCCGCAAUCUGCGCACUUUCCUGAGCGAUAACGACCGCGUUCUCUCAGCGUGCUCGGCCAUUUCGCAAAGUCUGGUUGUGCCUGUAUUCCGGCGGCACAAGUUCAACGACGACGCGACAGUGACUCUUCUGCGCGAGAUGGCGAAGAUUCCGCCCGCCGCCAAAGCAUGGCGUCCGCCCCUCGCCGACGCAUUCAACGACAACCGCUUUUUCAAGAUCACGCCGCCGCAGUCGGAGCCAUGGAAGCCUCUCGUCUGUGCGCUGAUGGAUAGUGACAAGGAGCGCUUCACUGAGCUAAUCGGCCGGAUCGCCGCGGCACCGUCAGCAAACAUCUUCACGAACCGUGAGGCGGAGACUGUUUCCCGCUCUCUCAAUCUCCGACGACUGUCUUUCGUCUUGCUGGCUGCCGAGCGUAACCACUACCUCCCACAGCUUCCCAUGAUCCAGGAGAAGCUCGUCGAGAUCUUGCGCAACCACGUCGUCUCACCGCGCGUGCAUUCCGAGGUAUACCUGUGCCUCCGCGUGCUGAUGUGCCGCGUGUCGCCACAGCACCUGACGCAGUUCUGGCCCGUUAUCUUGACGGAGCUCCUGCGAGUCUUCGAGUCCACGAUGGACGAGCUGCCAGAGGAUGGCAGCGACGAUGUAACGUUGGUGCUGGCGGCCUGCAAGUUCCUCGACCUGCUUCUUGUCAUUCAGUCCGAGGACUUCCAGGUCCACCAGUGGAUCUUCGUGACGGACACGACCGACGCCGCGUACCCGCCAGACCAAUACUCGCCCGAGGCGCUAAUGGACCGCCUGGCCGAGAUCCUGAUGGAGCACUCGACGAUGAGCAAACCGGUCGAGAACACGGUCGACAUCGAGCCGUAUGAUAUCAACUCUGGACACCCGCGGCGGCCGCAGCUGUCUGGCGUCAAAUCGCUCAACAGCAUAUACCAGCUGCAGCCCUUCUUCGCCCGUGCCAGCAUCGGCACUUUUGAUGGAGUAUAUGCGGACGCGGGAGUGGAUUGGGACGCGAUCGAGGAGGGCAUCACGGGCGAGAUUUUCGAGGGCAAGGCAAUGUAG